CUUUUCUAUUUCUAAUCUAUCUACAAAUAAUUAUAUUACUAUUUCUUUUUUUUUAUAGUAAGUAAGUUCUCCACAGGUUAUUCACUGAAUCACUGUUACCUUACUGUCAAUUCACUGUCAAUUUACUAUCAAUUCACUGUUACUUCACUCUCUUCUUAUAUAUAUUACAUCUUUCUCUCUUCUCAUUCUCUCACUCUUUCUCUUCUCUACAUCACUCUCUUAAGUUGUUUCUGUCACUUCCUCCCUCCCUCUCUCUCAAUCUUUUACUAUCUCUCUCCUUUACACUUCUUCUUCACAACUAGACCGUCAUGGAGAAGGCUACCAGCAUCAAAAUGGCAGAAACGCCCGAAACGCCCGAAGAAACAGUCAUCCAUUGGUCGAGAGGUAACAAACACAGCUUAGAACCCUCCUCUGCAAGCAACAAUACAGCAGAGGUGACAGCGGCACAGGAGCUGGCCAAGAAAGGCAAAAGGGGACUGCUGGAGUUACUGAAACUCAAUUCCGAAGACGACUGGAGGGAGUGGUUAGUGUCAGACUUAGUCAAACCGUACUGGCUAGAACUUUGGGACUAUCUGGCGAAAAACCCGACUGCUAAGCAGAAGCGCGGAGCCGGGCUGGCCCGGAUCCAGGAGCUAAUAAUUAAAGGAGAAGCACGGGGCGUCGCGAAAUACAGCCGUCGCCAUGUCGAGAAAACCGGAUGGGAUCUUAACGAACACCUCGCAUACUUCGUCCAUAAUCCCGUCGCAAAUAAAUAA